CACAGUCCUUUGGCCGAUGCCAAAGGGGUUGGGGAGAAGAGACAAAAAGUAGUUUUUUCCCCUCCUCCUCCUCCUUUCUCUCGCUAAUCCCGCCUCCUCCUCAGAGUUAGGAAGAGUCGUUGAUGCGUUUGGGUUGUAGCUAGGCAUUUUCUUUUCUUUCUCUUUUUUUUAAUACUUGGAAAAACAAGAACCCUCGGAUCCGAUUUUUCGCUUCUCGUUCUUAUACUUGGUUCUUACUGUGUUUGUGUAUUUUAAAGGCGAGAAGACGAGAACAAAACCCUCCGGAUCCAUCCAUCACCGUGGGUGGUUUUAAUUUUUCGUUUUUCUCAUUUUUUUCUAAAACGACCACUCUUAACAAUGAACAAACUGUAUAUCGGAAACCUCAGCGAGAACGCCGCCCCUUCGGACCUAGAAAGUAUCUUCAAGGACGCUAAAAUCCCGGUGUCGGGACCCUUCCUGGUGAAGACGGGCUACGCGUUCGUGGACUGUCCGGACGAGAGCUGGGCCCUCAAGGCCAUCGAGGCGCUUUCAGGUAAAAUGGAACUGCACGGGAAACCCAUAGAAGUUGAACACUCGGUCCCCAAAAGGCAAAGGAUUCGGAAACUUCAGAUACGAAAUAUCCCGCCUCAUUUACAGUGGGAGGUGCUGGAUAGUUUACUAGUCCAGUAUGGAGUGGUGGAGAGCUGUGAGCAAGUGAACACUGACUCGGAAACUGCAGUGGUAAAUGUAACCUAUUCCAGUAAGGACCAAGCUAGACAAGCCUUAGACAAACUGAACGGAUUCCAGUUGGAGAACUUCACCUUGAAAGUCGCCUACAUCCCUGAUGAAACAGCCGCCCAGCAGAACUCCUCACAGCAGCCCCGAGGGCGCCGUGGGCUUGGGCAGAGGGGCUCAUCAAGGCAAGGGUCCCCAGGAUCAGUGUCCAAACAGAAGCCAUGUGACUUGCCUCUGCGCCUGCUGGUUCCCACCCAGUUCGUUGGAGCCAUUAUAGGAAAAGAAGGUGCCACCAUCCGGAAUAUCACCAAACAGACCCAGUCUAAAAUUGAUGUCCAUCGUAAAGAGAAUGCAGGGGCUGCUGAGAAGUCAAUUACGAUCCUCUCCACCCCUGAAGGCACCUCCGCGGCUUGUAAGUCUAUUCUGGAGAUUAUGCAUAAGGAAGCUCAAGAUAUAAAAUUCACAGAAGAGCUCCCCUUGAAGAUUUUAGCCCAUAAUAACUUUGUAGGCCGUCUUAUUGGUAAAGAAGGAAGAAAUCUUAAAAAAAUUGAGCAAGACACAGAUACUAAAAUCACAAUAUCUCCAUUGCAGGAAUUGACGCUGUAUAAUCCAGAACGCACCAUUACUGUUAAAGGCAAUGUUGAAACAUGUGCCAAAGCUGAGGAAGAGAUAAUGAAGAAAAUCAGGGAGUCUUAUGAAAAUGAUAUUGCUUCUAUGAAUCUUCAAGCACAUUUAAUUCCUGGAUUAAAUCUGAAUGCCUUGGGUCUGUUCCCACCCACUUCAGGGAUGCCACCUCCCACCUCAGGGCCCCCUUCAGCUAUGACUCCUCCCUACCCACAGUUUGAGCAAUCAGAAACGGAGACUGUACAUCUGUUUAUCCCAGCUCUUUCAGUCGGCGCCAUUAUCGGCAAGCAGGGCCAGCACAUCAAACAGCUUUCUCGCUUUGCAGGAGCUUCAAUUAAGAUCGCUCCAGCUGAAGCACCAGAUGCUAAAGUGAGGAUGGUGAUUAUCACUGGACCACCAGAGGCUCAGUUCAAGGCUCAGGGAAGAAUUUAUGGAAAAAUUAAAGAAGAAAACUUUGUUAGUCCUAAAGAAGAGGUGAAACUUGAAGCUCAUAUCAGAGUGCCAUCCUUUGCUGCUGGCAGAGUUAUUGGAAAAGGAGGCAAAACGGUGAAUGAACUCCAGAAUUUGUCAAGUGCUGAAGUUGUUGUCCCCCGUGACCAGACACCUGAUGAGAAUGACCAAGUGGUUGUCAAAAUAACUGGUCACUUUUAUGCUUGCCAGGUUGCCCAGAGAAAAAUUCAGGAAAUUCUGACUCAGGUAAAGCAGCACCAACAGCAAAAAGCUCUGCAGUGUGGACCACCUCAGUCAAGGCGGAAGUAAAGGCUCAGGAAACAGCCCACCACAGAGGCAGAUGCCAAACCAAAGACAGAUUGCUUAACCAACAGACGGGCGCUGACCCCAUCCAGAAUCACAUGCACAAGUUUUUACCUAGCCAGUUGUUUCUGAGGACCAGGCAACUUUUGAACUCCUGUCUCUGUGAGAAUGUAUACUUUAUGCUCUCUGAAAUGUAUGACACCCAGCUUUAAAAAAAAUUUAAAAAAUUUAAAAAAAAGUAAAUGGGGGAGGGAGGGAAAGAGAAGAGCUCUGCACUUCCCUUUGUUGGAGUUUCACGGCAUAACAAAUUUUCUAAUUUUUCUUAAAUAUUCCCCCAUAAUGCCAGAAAUUCGCUUGAAAGGUGCAUUUGCUAAAUUCAUCAAAUUAAUUAAAAUAGAUUGCUCCUAAAUCCAGUUGUUAAAAUUGGAUCAGAAUAGGGUUAUCACAGGAACUUAAAUGUUAAGCCAUUAGCAUAGAAAACCUUUUUAUUUUUAUCUAACACUAACAUGAAUAACCUAAGGGAAGUGCUGAAUGGUGUUGGCAGGGGUAUUAAAUGUGCAUUUUUACUCAACUACCUCAGGUAUUCAGUAAUACAGUAAAAAACAAAAUUGUUCCUUUUUUGAAAAUUUUAUAUACUUUAUAAAGAUAAAAGUCCAACCAUUUUUUAAAAAAAAUUAAAAUUCAACAGCUAUUAGUGAACAGGAAAAUAACUGAAUGGAAUUUUACUUCUGGCUGGUGACAGUAAAGCUGGAAAAUUAAUUUUAGGUUUUUUUUUUUUUUUGAGGCUUUUGACAGUUAUUAGUUGGAAAAUCCAGUAAAUAUUCAAAGAUAUGGAGCAGUGCCUAUAUUUGGAGAGCAGCAAUACCAUUUAUUCCUUUGUUUAUAGUUGGGAAGGUUUUUGAUGGUACUAACAGAGCAAUGUGGUGGCAGGAGGUUUUGGAACGGCUAGUUUAAAUGGCUUCAGGAGACUUCAGGUUUUUGUUUAGCUACAUGACUGAAUGCAUAAAUGCUUUGUGCUUUUGACUAUCACAACCUAAAGAAAGUGCGUCAACAAAAAAAUGCAAAAACUUUGAAAAGGCUUUUUUUUAAAAAAAAAAACAAAAACAAAAAAAACAAGCUCCAGCUUGUCUUAUAGGAUGUUUAGUUUGCCAAUACACUUCAGACCAAUUGGUCUACGCUUUAAGCAGACUCCUAAAGAACUGCUUUGCGAAGACCAAUGAGACAGAUGGUGUGACAGUGCUAAAAGCAACAAAUGGGCUACAUCUCCUUAUGCCUGGCGCUGUCAUGAUCCUCACUAAGCUGUUUUGAAGAUUUUUAAGCAAUGGAUUAAAAAAAAAAAAAAAACUAAAGUAUUAAAUAGAAUAUAGCAGAUUUUCUGUAUAAUCUGCAACCAGUUAUUUGAAAAUAAGUCAAAAGGUAGAGAAUGCAAGAAAAUAGUUUUGGGAAUAUAAUUUGAAUGACUGUGAAAACAUCUGGCCUUUGACAAUGAAAUUGUUUGCCCAUUCCUUAACUCAAUGGCAAAGCCCAGUAAUGUACAAUUGUGUGGGUAUGGGUGGUCUCUAGGCCACGCUGCUCUCUAAAUUUUUGUUGCUUUUGUUCAUGAGAUGAUCACAGUCAUCAUGUUAUUAUAAUCUGAAAGGCAUUACAUAACCCUUUAAGAAUCAUUUGCCUCGUUCAUAAUUCAAGAUGAAUUUCUACACGCUUAGGUAAAUUUUUCUGAAGAUUAGCAAUAUCAUAUUAGACCUGAAAAUGAUUUAAAAUGUUUCCCUAAAUAUUUCAGAAAACCAGUUAAUUUUGUAGUUUUUAGCAAAAAAGUGCCCUUUUUGUCACUGAAUUCACCUAGCAUUCAUUUUUUUUUUUUUUUUAAUACAAUGAAUUUAAACUGCUAAAAAUCAGACUGGCUUUUGGUUGGAUUUCAGGUGAGAUGUGUUUAAGGCCAGAGUUCUUCCUUGAUAUUUGAUUUUUCUAGUAUUUUUCUUUUUUAAUUCAGAUAGGUGCUGCAUUUAUAUCUGCUGGUUUAAAUUCUGCCAUAUUUCACUUCUAGCCUUUUAGUGUGGCAAAUCAUGUUUUACUUUCACUUAAGCAUUUGUAAUUUGGAGUAUCUGGUACUAGCUAAGAAAUAAUUCUAUAAUUGAGUUUUGUAUUCCCCGUGUAUGGAUCAUUCCUCAUCUAUAAUGUGCCCCAAAUGCAGCUUCAUUUUCCAGAUACCUUGA